UCAGCCCUUCGCUGUUGAGGUCCCUGUACCUAUCCCGCUGACAAGAUCGGUCCAGAGGAAACAAGCAUGGCCCCCCGCCGCUGCGCUUCCUGUCUCGCAUGCUCUCCAAGCGGCUCACGGCAUGGCAGACGGUCGUCGUCACCAUGAUCUACCUCUAUGCGGCCCGCAACUUCAGCACCCUCGUCGGGCUCGCGAGCCCCGACCCGCUGACAAACAUGUACGAUGCCACCUAUUUCCGCGCCACCUGGGUCCUUACCGCCCUGGACGCCGGCUUCUGGACCGCCAUGAAGAUCAGAAACAAGCCGCUGCGCGACCUGGCGAGCAUCGUCUUCUCGGUCUUUUACAUGAUUGCCGCUGAGCAGGCCGACGAGAAGGUGCGCAAGGUGCGCGGCAACAUCACGGUCGAGCACAUGCGCAUCAGUUGGAACAAGGGCCACCAGUCACCAUACCUGCGCUUCUUCCAGAGUUUGCUGCGCCCGCGUCUCACCAAGUGGCCGCCUCGGCCGGUUCACAUCGCCCGCCCCGCCGCCAGCGACUACAAGGAGCCCGUCUCGGCCUGGCUGUACUUUGACGGGCCCCUGUCUAAGCUGGAGCACUGCAACAAUAUCAUCCUGGACAUCCCCGGCGGCGGCUUCGUGGCUAUGGACCCCAGGUGCAACGACGACAAGCUGUUUGCCUGGGCUACCAAGACCGGUUUGCCGGUCCUGAGCCUGGAUUACAAGAAGGCACCCGAGUAUCCCUAUCCGUAUGCGCUAAAUGAGUGCUACGACGUCUACACGACCAUCAUCGAGACCCGCGGCCGGUGCAUCGGGCUGUCCGGGACGCAGGUGCCCAGGGUGGUCAUCACCGGCGACAGCGCUGGCGGGACUUUGGCGACGUCGACCACGCUCAUGAUCAUCGAGAGCGGCUCGUCGCCGGCUCGUCGAUUCCAAGGGAAGACCGACCUCCCUGUCCCUGCCGGGCUGAUCCUGUCUUAUCCCUCGCUCGACAUGAACAUCGGUAGUUGGAUGUCAGACGAGCAGAUGGCUCUGAUCAAGGAUCGCCGCAUGCGCGGGACCAACAAGCGCAUCAUCCAGCGCAAGAGGUCGCAGUACAACGACCUCGUCGGGACGCCCCACCACUCCGACGAUGAAGACGACCUGGCGCCGUCAUCCAAGUCCCUCUCCAGCCCCGAGAGCGGCGGUCAACAGGCCGGCAUCUCCGCCGAUUCCUCCGUCACCUCCACCACCGAACACGUCCGCGGCCCGGCGGCGCCCGAGUACGCGCACUCGGGCCCGACAACGUGGAGCCAGGUCCAACAGGGCCCGCCGGCGCCCCCAUCCCCCGUCGCCGCCGUGCCACCUCCCAUUCCCACCACCUCCGACGCCACUCCGGCCCCCGGGCCGCUGACCUCCCCACCACACCCGGGCGCUUCGCACCACCCGGAGCCGAUGCGCACGCGCCUGGCCAUGUCCUCGAUGAUCUCGUACUUCAACGACCGCGUGCUCACGCCCGAGAUGAUGCGCGCCAUGAUCAUCCUGUACGUCGGCCCGCACAACCGGCCCGACUUCUCGCAGGACUACCUGCUGUCGCCCAUCCUCGCGCCCGACGUGCUGCUCGCCCGCUUCCCCAAGACCUACUUCCUCACGGGCGAGCGCGACCCGCUCGUCGACGACACCGUCAUCUUCGCCGGCCGCCUGCGCCGCGUCAAGGCCGCCCUGCUGGCCAGCGGCGGCGAGCGCCUCGAGUACCGGGACAGCGACGCGUUCGCCGACGGCUUCGACGAGAAGGACGUGGCCGAGGUCGCGCUGAUCCCCGGCAUCAGCCACGGCUUCCUGCAGUUCCCCACCUUGUAUCCGCCCGCGUGGAAGCUGAUCGAGCGGACGGCCGGGUGGGCCGAGGAUAUCUUCGCGGAGGCGGAGAGGAGGGAUCAAGAGAGGGACAAAGAGACGCGGCGGCUCAGGAAACCGCAGAGGGGUGGGACCGAGGGCGAGAACGGGAGGGGAAGACAUCACUUUAGGCAGGAGUCGAGCGGCGACGAGGACCGGCCGUUGGAGAUGAGCAUGACCAAGUUGAGGGCGGCUAGGGCUGCGAGAGAGAGCAGUGGCACUGGGGAGGGGAAGAAGGCGGCGCGGGAAGCGGCCGCCGCCGCCGGGUUGCAAAGGGGCCGCAGAGCAGCAGACCUGGAGGGUGUGCAGCCACCUAGUGAUGAUGACGACCGCACCCCUACAGGACAGAGCGGCGACGAAGAUGCCGGUCCCCGGAACGGCCGGCGCAAGAAGAAUGGUGCCCGCCGCGGAAGGGCUAAAGACGAGGACGAGGACGAGGACGAGGACGAGGACGACAAGAGCCUCGUGAAGCUGGCCAGCUCGGAUGACCUGCUCGGCAGGCGCAUGCACGGUCUCGCCGGGGGGCUGACGCGGCUGUAUGGAGAUCCGGAGUAGGAGGGAGUUGACUCGCUAGGAUUGGUGGCCCUGUGGACUCGGAUAGAUCUGCUGGUGUACAGUAGUACCUGGUGCCACAAAACCCUAGAGGA